UGUGGCAAAAAUAGCAGAUUGAAAAAAUAAUAAAUAAUAAUUAUAUUUUUGUAAACUUAAAUCACUAUUUUGUAGAACUCUAUAUAAUCUAUCUUCUAUAUUAUCAUGAAUAAUUUAUGAAAUUGCUUUAUUUUCACUUUGUGUUAAAAAACAAUAACAUGGCUGGGAACUUUUGGCAAAGCUCACAUCAUCAGCAGUGGAUUCUAGACAAACAAGAUCUCGUUAGAGACAGACAACACGAUUUGGCCAAACUAUCAGAAGAAGAAUACCAAAAAAUAUUUAAUUUCUUUGCUAGCAUCAUACAAAUUCUUGGCGAGCAAUUGAAAUUACGUCAGCAAGUUAUCGCUACAGCAACAGUUUAUUUCAAGAGAUUUUAUGCAAGAAAUUCUUUAAAGUGCAUAGAUCCUUUACUGUUGGCGCCUACGUGUGUCUUUCUAGCAUCUAAAGUAGAAGAGUUUGGUGUUAUCUCAAAUUCGAGACUCAUCACCACCUGUCAGACUGUAAUAAAAAAUAAAUUCAGUUAUGCUUAUGGACAGCAGGAGUUUCCAUAUAGAACUAACCACAUAUUGGAAUGCGAGUUUUACUUAUUAGAAAAUUUGGAUUGUUGCCUUAUUGUGUUCCAACCGUACAGACCUCUACUGCUGUUUGUGCAAGACAUUGGGCAGGAUGAUCAGCUUCUCACAUGUGCUUGGAGAGUUGUAAACGAUUCGCUCAGAACUGAUGUCAGUCUGUUGUAUCCACCUUAUCAGAUUGCAAUAGCAGCUCUGAACAUUGCUUGCGUUAUGCUGGGCAAAGAAAAUUUGAAACCUUGGUUUGCAGAACUAAAUGUUGAUAUGGAUAAAAUUCAGGAGAUAGUAAGAGCUAUCAUUAACCUCUAUGAGAUGUGGAAGAGCUAUGAUGAGAAAAAAGAAAUACAAGCCCUUUUAGGGAAAAUGCCCAAACCAAGUCCAGCACCCCAAAGAUAAUACACAACCAGCACUUGGAAGAAUAAUUUAAAAAUUAAGUAUUAUA